UGCCUUCUGCACACCCCCUACCCAGGAGCAGCCCCCAACCCGGGCAUGUGCCCUGACUGGGAAUCCAACUGGCCACCUUUGGGUGCACUGGACCAUGCCCAACCGAGCCACACCGGCCAGGGCGAUUUCAACUCUUUGUUUUUGCUAGUGAGGGUGUUAGCCCUGGGUCCAAAGCAGGGGCUUAUGGGUGCAGACACUUUUCGAGCCCCAGUGUACUCCAAAUGAUGUUACCGUCUGUCCACAGAGCCCUGAAAAAACAUAUCCCAGUGGUUGGCCAGAGGUAUAGGGAGAGAUAGAUGUGACCCCUGAGGCCUGAGAAGGAGCAAGGCCCACUGGGAACAUGGCAACUGCCCAGGGCCUCCAGCCCCCACCACCCCUAGAACAGGAUGAAAUCCUGAUUGUGAAGGUAGAGGAGGGCUUCCCCUGGGAAGAGGAGCCCUCCCUGAAGAUGGAAGACCUGAGCCCUGAGACCUUCCUCCAGCUCUUUCGGCUCUUCUGCUACCAGGAGGUGGCCCGGCCCCAGGAGGCUGUAAGCCGCCCCUGGGAGCUCUGCUGCUGCUGGCUGCGGCCGGAGCUGCGCACCAAGAAGCAGAUCUUGGAGAUGCUGGUGCUGGAGCAGUUCCUGAUGGUGCUGCCGGGGGAGAUCCAGGCCUGGGCGCAGGAGCAGCAGCCGGAGAGUGGUGAGGAGGCCCUGGAUGGCCAGGUGUGCCCAACAAGGGAUUGGGGACCCUGUGGGUCUCCCCCUGACCUGAGAGCUGGUUGGCAGCUUUCUGUCUGUGUGCAGGGGCUAGAGGUACUCUCUGACAAUGCAGUGCGCCACCAGAUGGGAGAACAGUCUUUGAAAUGCCAGGCAGAGGCCCAGCCAAAGGAGUUGUCCCUGGAGGAAGGGUCUCAGGACUCCAGUCAGCAGCCCCCAGCCCAGCUGAGCCACAGACCGAAGAGAAACCCUGACCUCUGGCCAAAGAGGGGUCCUGGCCUUCAUUGCUGUGUCCACAGGACUCCUCACUCCCAGGCCCUGUCUGAUUGCCCAGCUGGGGAGAGGGAAAGGCCUGUGGGACCCAGCUCAUGCUGCCUCGAGACUGAGGGACGUCUCUGGUGCCUCCCGCCCCCAGGGCCCCAGCAUGCCUCAUGCUCCAAGGUCCCCAGGUGGGGUGUGCCUGAGGCUGCAGUUUCCUUGUCCAUAAAAUGGGACAGUAACGGUACCCACCUUGUGGGUGUUACGAGGAUUAAACAAGUUGCCGUGGUGUUAGCACCUCACAUCAUGGCCUGGCUCACACUCCCUGCUCUAUGUUUUGAGGGGGGAUUUGAAGAGCAUCGCUCUCCAUCACUUUCCUCAGGUGGGAUGCCCACCCACCCUUUGCCUUCUUUCUUCUCAGAAGCUCCCCUCCUCCUCAGGGACUCUGCUUUCUCUGUCUCAGGCCGUGGAAUGCAGUUUAGGGAUGGAGAGGACACCAGAGAGGACAUACGGAUGAGAAUGAUGAGAACAGAGUGGGAUGGAGUGCUGUCGGCUCAGUGCAGGAGGCCUGGCCCCCCAUUCUCAGGUCAUGAGCCAGUCCCCGUCCAGGGCCUGACAAAAUCCCAGCAGCCUCUGGAAAGGAGGAGGCCCUGCAGAGUGGCAGAUCCAUAUAUGUGCCCCGAAUGUGGCAAAGGCUUUAGCAAAACGUCCCACUUGACCAAGCACCAGCACACGCACACCGGGGAAGGGCGGCCGUACCAGUGUCCCGUGUGUGGGAAGGGCUUCAGCGACCACUCCAACUUCAGCACCCACCAGCGGGUCCACAAGGGUGAGAAGCCCUACCAGUGUGCCGAAUGUGGAAAGCACUUCAGCCAGAGCUCCAACCUUGUCAUCCACCACCAGACACAUCCAGGGGAGCGGCCCUACAUGUGGUGUGGGAAGCACUUCAGCAACAGCUCGCUCUUCAGUGCACACCGCAGGACUCACACAGGUGAGAGGCUGUACACAUGCCUGGCCUGUGGCCAGGGCUUCCACCGGGGCACUGACCUCCACAAACACCAGCACACCCACAGUGGGGAGAAGCACCCUUGCAGCUACACUGACGGGGUGCAACUGUCACCCAGACCCCCGUGGCUCCAGGAGUUCCUGGGGGCCAAAGCCUGACCACCAUGCACAUAAGUCAGUCAUAGUUCAUGAAGCUGCCAGCGCCAUUUCUGUCCUGGAAUCAGAAGCCCUGACCUUAAGACAUCUUCACAAACAUUCUGCUCCCCUGGACCUGGCGUGAGGACACAGCAGUGGGACAUUUUAGGUGGAGUGCUAGGCACAGAGCAGGUGUAUUAGAGUCCUAGGGCUGCUGUAUAAAUGACCACAAGCUGACCGGCUUACAACAACAGGAAUUCUGUUAGUUCAGGUGGCCACAAGUCCAAAGUCAAGGUGUCUACAGCACCAGUUCCUCUGGAGGCUCUUAUAGAGAAAUCCUGUGCCUCUUCCUGCUUCUGAUGUUGUCCACAGACCUUGAUGUUGCCGGGCUUGUGGCAGCAUCACUCCUGUCUCUGAGUCUGUCACAACACCUUCUCCCUGUGUCUGUGUCCUCUCUUCUUCAAAGGAUACAUUGUAUUAAAUACAUUGUAUUUAAGCACCACC